AUGAAUUAUUAUGCUCCCAUCUCCACGGAGAAGCGCGCCACCGGCAAGUACCGUCGUGUUUGGCCACACACGGAUUUUGGAGUGAUCACGCUCCUCUUCCAGGACGAUGCGGGCGGUCUCGAGGUGCAAGACCGCUACAGCUCCAAGCCCGAUUCUUUCAUCCCCAUCGUGCACGAGCACCCCACCGAGGUGAAUGUCUAUGUGAGCAACAGUCUCGAGUACAUGACGAACAACUAUCUCAAAGCGGGCCUGCACCAAGUUGCUACCCCGAUCGAUAUGCAAGACGUGGCCAAGGGCACCCUACCAGAGCGUCAAUCCCUUGCAUGCUUCAUCAAGCCUAGACGCGAGGUCAACGUUGGACCGAUGAAGCAAUUUAUCACGGCGGAGAGACCUAGGGCCUACGAGGACUUGACAGGCCUAGAGCUUCACAGGGUCAGAGUUGGAAAGCUGUACGGAGCUCCCGUUGAAGCGUACUAA